GGCGGAGCGGCGAGGAGCGGGAGGCGAGAUCCGCAGCCGAGCCGCCGCGCCGUAAACAAUGAGCUCGGCGACGGCUGCUGCGGCUCCCGUGCCCUGAGCGCCCAGCCGGGACCCGCGGGCGGAGGAUGCGCGCCUGGAUGGGAGCCGUGCCCGGGAGGGCGCUGCCAGGGGCGCCGGCCGGCGGGGAGCGCAGCCGGAGCCCGGCCUGACCCCGCCGCAGAGCGGGGUGUGACACCGGAGCGUCUUUUAUUUAUUUAUUUUAUUAUUUUUUUUUUUUCCUUAAUCGGGUUGCAGUGGUUGGUGGCUCCGCGCGUUCCCAGCCGCCCGCGUCUCUCCAUCCAUCCAUCCAUUCAUCCAUCAUCCGCCCGCCCAUCCGUCCCUGCGGUGAUGCCCGCGGUGGCCGCCGCUGCCUGAAGGGCAGAGCCAUGUACCUCCUGGACAGCAGCGAGCCGCCGGCCGCCGCCUCCUCCCCCGAGAGGAUGCAGCGGGGCACCCCGCAGAGGAAGACCGUGUACCGCAUCUCCGUGACCAUGGUGAAGAAGGAGCUGCUGGGGCCGGAGAGCGGCCGCGCCGGCCCCGAGCUGCCCCGGCGCGGGAGGAGCCGCCCGCCGGGCUCCUCCAGCCUCACCAGGGCCGGGCUGCUGCUGCUGGAGGAGGAGGAGGGCGAGGAGGAGGAGGAGGAAGGCGGCGAGGAGCGCGACCGUGUCCCGAGCCCCUGCGGCCUCCGCACCUUCCGGACGCUGAGCACGGGGCAGCUGGAGCUGGGCCGGCUCAAGGUGCCGCGGAGAGCGGGGCCGCCCGUGCCCGGGGGCCCGCCGGGCAUCCCGGCCGCGCCCGGAGCAGCCGCGGCCGCAUCCCCCGCCGGGCACCGGCAGCAGGAGGAGGAGAAGGAGGAGGAGGAGGGCGAGAAGGACGGGCGGCCCGGGGAGAAGGCGCCGGGGGAGCGGGGGCACAGCCCGCGGCGGCAGCCGGGUCUGCUGCGGCGGAGCUUCAGCUUCAGGCACUGGAGCGGCGCGGGGGAGCCGGCCCGGGUGCGGCGGCACAGCAGCUCCGGGAGCCUGCCCGGGCCGCCGCCGCCCUCCCCGCCCGCCGCGCCGCCCGCAGAGCCCCCCGAGAAGCGCAACACGCUGGACGUGGGCGAGGUGCUGAGCCAGGCGGACCCGCUGUCCCGGCUGGAGCGCUGGGAGCGCAGCAAGAGCAAGAACCGGACCCUGGAUAACAGCGACCUGCAGCGGCUCUCGGAGCGCCUGGGCCGGGAGGGCCCCGCCGCCGGCACCGAGCACCGGCUCCUGCGCUUCUUCAGCGGCAUCUUCGCCCGCAGGGACGGCCCCGCCGCGCUCUUCGGCAGCCCCCACGGCCGCUCCCCCCGCAGCAGCUUCUCCAGGUCCAGGGCUUACUUUAGCAGCCUCAGGAGGGCCGCCGUGGACAUGCAGUCCAGCUCCGAGAGCAUCAACGGGUCCCCGCACAAAGAUGCCUUUGUAAAUAGCCAGGAAUGGACACUGAGCCGAUCCGUGCCGGAGCUGAAAGUGGGGAUCGUGGGUAACCUGGCCAGUGGCAAGUCCGCGCUCGUGCACCGGUACCUGACGGGCACCUACGUCCAGGAGGAGUCCCCCGAAGAUAUGGAUGCAGGUGGGAGAUUCAAGAAGGAGAUAGUAGUUGAUGGACAAAGCUACCUGCUGCUGAUUAGAGAUGAAGGAGGCCCUCCCGAGGCUCAGUUUGCCAUGUGGGUGGAUGCUGUUAUCUUUGUCUUCAGCCUGGAGGAUGAGGUCAGCUUCCAGACGGUGUACCACUACUACAGCCGCAUGGCCAACUAUCGCAACACCAGCGAGAUCCCCAUGGUCCUGGUGGGGACACAGGAUGCCAUAAGCUCCACCAACCCCCGGGUCAUCGACGAUGCCAGAGCGAGGAAGCUGUCGAAUGACCUCAAGAGAUGCACCUACUACGAGACCUGUGCCACCUACGGGCUCAACGUGGAGAGAGUCUUCCAUGACGUUGCCCAGAAGAUCGUUUCAACCAAGAAGAAGCAGCAGCUCUCGAUCGGACCCUGCAAAUCUCUGCCCAACUCUCCGAGCCACUCCUCGGUGUGUUCUGCCCAGGUCUCUGCCGUACAUAUCAGCCAGACCAGUAAUGGAGGAGGGAGUUUAAGUGAUUAUUCCUCCUCUGUCCCAUCAACUCCAAGCACCAGCCAGAAGGAGCUGCGGAUUGAUGUUCCUCCCACUGCCAACACUCCAACUCCUGUCCGUAAACAGUCCAAGCGCCGAUCCAACCUCUUCACGUCUCGGAAAGGGAGUGACCCAGACAAAGAGAAGAAGGUCCUGGAGAGCAGAACAGACAGCAUUGGAAGCGGCCGCGCAAUCCCAAUUAAGCAGGGAAUGCUGCUGAAGAGGAGUGGCAAGUCACUGAACAAGGAGUGGAAGAAGAAGUACGUGACGUUGUGCGACAACGGGGUGCUGACCUACCACCCGAGCUUACACGACUACAUGCAGAACGUUCACGGGAAGGAGAUCGACCUGCUGAGAACCACUGUGAAGGUCCCUGGGAAGAGGCCACCUCGAGCCACAUCAGCCUGUGCCCCCAUCUCCAGUCCCAAAACCAACGGCCUCUCCAAGGACAUGAGCAGUUUACACAUCUCGCCAAAUUCAGGGAACGUGACUACUAGCACAUCUGUGUCUCAGAUGGCCAGUGGGAUCAGUCUGGUGUCCUUCAACAGCCGCCCGGACGGGUUGCACCAGCGCUCCUACUCGGUCUCCAGUGCAGAUCAGUGGAGCGAGGCAACAGUCAUUGCAAACUCUGGCAUUAGCAGUGAUACGGGCCUGGGAGACUCUGUGUGCUCGAGCCCCAGCAUCUCCAGUACGACGAGCCCCAAGCUGGACCCCCCCCCUUCCCCUCACGCCAACAGAAAGAAGCACCGGCGGAAGAAAAGCACAAGCAACUUCAAAGCCGACGGCAUCUCGGGCACAGCCGAGGCCAAACGCAAAGCUUGGAAACUAAACCGUGUUGGUAGCCUGCGAAAUAUUUACAGCAGCAGCAGCACCAACACCGAAGAACAAGAGGAGAACUUCGAGUUCAUCAUCGUCUCUCUCACCGGCCAGACUUGGCACUUUGAGGCCACCACCUACGAGGAAAGGGACGCCUGGGUCCAAGCCAUAGAGAGUCAGAUCCUGGCCAGUUUACAGUCAUGUGAGAGCAGCAAGAACAAGUCCCGCCUGACGAGUCAGAACGAGGCCAUGGCCCUGCAGUCCAUCAGGAACAUCAGAGGCAAUUCCCACUGCGUGGACUGUGAAGCACAGAACCCUGACUGGGCCAGCCUGAACCUGGGAGCCCUCAUCUGCAUCGAAUGCUCAGGGAUCCACCGCAACCUCGGCACGCACCUGUCCCGCGUGCGCUCCCUGGACCUGGACGACUGGCCCAUCGAGCUCAUCAAGGUGAUGUCGGCCAUCGGGAACGAGCUGGCCAACAGCGUGUGGGAGGAGAACAGCCAAGGCCACAUGAAGCCCUCGUCGGACUCCACGAGGGAAGAAAAGGAGCUCUGGAUACGUGCGAAGUACGAGCAGAAGCUCUUCCUUGCCCCGCUGCAGUGCCUGGAGCUUUCUCUGGGCCAGCAUCUCCUGAGGGCCACGGCGGAGGAGGACCUGCGGACGGUCAUCCUGCUGCUGGCCCACGGCACCCGGGAGGAGGUGAACGAGACCUGCGGAGACGGCGACGGGCGCACGGCCCUGCACCUGGCCUGCCGGAAAGGGAACGUGGUGUUGGUGCAGCUCCUCAUCUGGUACGGCGUGGACGUGAUGGCGCGCGACGCCCACGGGAACACGGCGCUGGCCUACGCCCGCCAGGCCUCCAGCCAGGAGUGCAUCGACGUGCUCCUGCAGUACGGCUGCCCCGACGAGCGCUUCGUCCUCAUGGCCACCCCCAACCUGUCCAGGAAGAACAACAACCGCAACAACAGCGGCGGCAGGAUGCCCACCAUCAUCUGAGGAGCCUCCCCUCGUGCGCAGUUCGCCGAGUUACCAUCCGCAGCCUCGCAUCCCUCCAUCCCCAUCACGGCUCCGCUCUGCGAGUCUGGUAAACUCUCCUUUGCCCUUUUCCCCUUUCGGCGCACGCUCCCCUCCCCUCCAACGCCCCGUCCCAUCCAGAAGGCGCGAGGGGGAUGAGGAGGAGCCCGAGGGGCUGCCGGGGAGGCCGUUGUUGUUUCAGUGACAGCUCCGGGAAGGAUGGGGACGGACGAGCGGGCGAGGGCGCGUGGGUUGAGCGGGACACGCGGCCGCCCCGGCGCGGGGACACGCGGCCUGCCGGCGUGAGGGAAGGGCGGAGGGGGAGGCGAGCGAGAGGAGGAGGAGGAGGAAGGAAGGAAGGAAGGAAGGAAGGAAGGAGAAGCCCGGUGACUUUCCGUGACUGACAGUUAAGCACAUCAGAACAUUUCACCUCUGCCGAGCGCCGCGCCUGGAUUCCAUUCUCUUCUCUGAAGAGCUUGACGGCAUAAAUCAGAAGCAAGCACAGAGUUUGUCAGGUUUGAAGCUCCUAUGAUGGUAUGUGUCAAAUCAGUUGUAGCUAAUCUGUCCGGGGAGAAUACUGGCUUCAUUACACUUGUAUAGUUGAGUUCUUCCAGCAUUACCGCUGUUUAAUAGAACAUGAUUAGUCAUCACGGAGAAAAAAGCAUAUUAGCUGAGGAGGUAGUUACAUGGCACGCUUCGGUGAUUGCUUGGAUGUGAUUGCAAUAUUCUUAGAAGCAUCAUAUUAUCUCAGACAUGUUCUUUCAAGCCCUUGGAGCCCUCCUUUCUAAAUUCACUGUCAUAAUUUAGUAUCUGUUUAAUUUUUCAGUCCAAAGAGAGGAAAUGAGUUGCUGAGUGUUAUUUGACUGCAGUCUCCUUGGUGUAAAAACAAAAUGGAAAAAAUAAAUAAGAGUAACUCCGAAACACAAAAAAGGAAUAAUGAAUAGCGCUAUGGAAAAAAACAUUUCGAGUACAUUUAGUGAAAUUAAUAAACGCAUUAAAGCCUAAUAUUUUUUUUUUUUCUCAGCCAGCAGAAAUAGGUUCUGUCAUUUUGCCAAGGUAAAUCGUGUUGAGUUUUUGGUCACUCCUGUGAUGCAUUGCCUAACUUAUACAGAUUUUUGUAUUGUGUCUCUAGAUUCUAUGUGUGUAAAAUCUAUUUGAAUUUAAAAAAAACCAAAACAACAUAAAUAUACAUUGGAUUCUUUUUGUACAGAAAAUGACAUCUCUGUUAAUUUAUAAACUGUAAUGGAUGUGAACUAAAUAAUGUGCAACUAGUUAGGAUCUGUGGGCCACAGGUCAUUGUACAUCAGUAAUAUUCCCAGCAGAGAACUCUCCUUUCCAAAGCCUGUGAGGAACAUAUCAGGAGGAGAUCAGGGCACACUUGGCAUGGAAAAUAAAAAAAAAAGUGCGUGAGACCUUGUAGAAAAGAAGAAGAGGCUGUUUCUUAGCACUGUAAAUAUAUAUUUUUAGUCCAGAAGUCAGGAAGCUUUCACAAGCCAAGACAAAAAGCCCUGCUGUGGCUGGGGGAAGAUCAGGUUUGAUUAAGCUCAGAACUGAUAGCCUUCAGCAGGGCACGGCUGAGCUCCACUCCCAACCUGGCUGCUUUUGGGGAGAAAAACGGCUUGUGAAAGUAGCCCGGACAGUUCAUUCGAGUCCCAGGUUUUAAUGCUGGACUGGAUUAUUAUUGGUCUUACCAGGCAGAUCUCAGCUUCUCCUGUUUUGUUUUUGGGUUUUUUUUGGUUUUUUAAGUGGCAUAUGGCAGUGUGAAGAUGAGGGGAAGGGUAUAUCACGGGGAAAGUUGAAAACUCAACUGAAUUCUGUGGCAAAGGAGCAGUUAUGUGAAGGCAGUGGGGUGCACGCAGCACAGUAAUUUGCAAAUCUACCUGCUCGGAUGUCUUUCCCAAGCCUUGGGUGCUGCUCUUCUUUGGGGCUCUGGAUUUCACUCAGCACAUACAAUGGGAGGAGCGUGGCAAUUGCCAAAUAAACUCCGUGUGGACAAAAUGUGAAGGAAAAAAAAAAAAAAAAAAAAAAACCACGUGAUCUGGUUGUCUUAAGGAGAAAAAAAAAAUCAGAAAAUUGUGGAUUUGAUGUAAAUUAUUAAAUUGUGGUAGAAAAACAAGCCUCAAGGUUGGAAGCACAGGAAUAUUGACCAGCUUUUCCUUUUUGGAGGUGUCCUCCUUUUGUACUUUGUUACUGGCCCAGGCUGGCUGAGGCAGAGCCAGGACACCGCUGAGUGAGUCCCUUCAGGCUGGGAUAAUUUUAAAUAUUCUUUUUUGAUUUUUUUUUUUUUUUAAUUAAGGAAAGGUGUCUGUUGUAAUUGCUGUUUCUCCAUCAUUCCUGAGCAGCUCCCUGAUCUUUGGUACUUAGGGGUGGCCCUCUGGUGACGGGACCACCCGCCCAACGCGCAGCUGACGGGGGUGCUGUGAAGCCACCGUGUCUUGGUGCUCACGAGCUUUACAUCCCUAGGGGGAACCCAGCAGGGAUUCGGGAAUGGCGAUCCCAGAGGUGCUAGAGCUGCCUGCUGUUCCCCUGGGAGCAUCAAGGGCAUUUGUAUCCCGAAAACCGAGUCCAGCGUUUCAAACCCACGGAAGGCGGAUCUGCCGCCGUCGAGUUCUCAGUGCGUGUUCCAUUUCAGUGCUGGGUUUUUUUCUGAACUGCAGUUAUUUUCUGUACAUAAUUUAAUGCUCUCUUUGGGCCACCUCCCUCUUAUAAAGCUGAGAGUGAUGUUUGGGGAAACAAGGGCAACCAGGCUGCCAUGCAGAUUUCGGGUAUAUCAAUUACGUGCUCCUUUCGUAAAAAUUUUCUGAAGGCGACCCUUGAAAAAGCACAGAAUGCUUUUAAGAAAGGAAAUUCCAGUGUAUUCCAGGAAAAACCAGAUAUCCAGGCUAGCCCACUAACAUUUUAAUUGAGCGGUAGCACAGUUGUUUUUAACCUAAAGGUGUUUUUCCCUUGGAGGUGUAAGUGUAGCUAUGUUGGAGCUGUGCAGGAAUACUUGAUGGCUUCCCCAAACACGUGGGGGUCUGCAGGGGGGAUUCCUGCUGGUGGAUGCAGGGGCAGCAGGAAAUCCUAGAAUAUCCUGAGCUGGAAGGGACCAGCGGGGUGAGAUCACCCAGCACUGUCUCUCCAGGUCAGGAGACACCUUUCCUGCCACUGCAGCUGGUGAUGCCCCACCACGGGAGGACAGGCGAGGGUCUGUGCCCCACGGGGUGUUGGCACAGCGUCCCCCGUUCAAAUAGGGUUGGGUGGAAGGCUGGCAGGAGUGCUGUGGCACCUCCUGAGCUAGUGGGACACCUGGCAAGGAGGGGGAGAGGAGAGGAAAGCCCUUCCCACUGGAGCUGAGAGCAAGGAUGGAGGAUCUCCUUGGCCAGAUCCCAGUGGGCCUUGGCUCUGGGAGCUCCGUGUGCUGUACAGGAGUGUGUUUGCACUUUGCAGAGGGUGUUGUCGGGGCCAUCCAGGUGUGGAAUCAGGCAGUAUGUGCAGCACUUGGGGGGCCUGCAGGAAUUGCCAUUCCUCCUGUUAAUCCAGCCCCUUUCUGCUCCUUAUCUCACCUUUAGCCCCUCACUGCUUUUCUGGAACCCGCUUGCCAGGCUGUUCACACCCUUUGAGCGUGUCAUGAACAAAUUGCACCCAAAUUGCCACCCAGUCCUUCAGAAACCCCAGCAGAAACCUGUCAGCUGAAGCUGUUUUCAGUGUGGUGUUCAUUACAUCCCCCAUUUAACCUUCCCAGCACCCCAGAUACCUUUAAAUCCUCUUUCCUCUGCACUUUAUCCACAACAGCUAAAACACUAGAAGCGUGUUCCUGUCACCAUCAGCACCUUCCUUCUAUUUUUAGCUAAUUUGCUGUCCAACGGUGGGGAUGAGUCAGAUGUGUCAUACCUGGCACCUGAACCCGGAUAUUGCUGAGGAGGAUUCACUUCUCCUCACUCCUUAUGAAGAAAUAAUAAAAUCCAGCCAGGUUCCUGCCAGUGCAGAGAUUUGGCCAAGGGCUCCCAUUACCAGAUUUCUAAUUUUAUUGGUAAGAGGGGGCAUUAAAGAAAAAACCUGGUUGUGAACUAGGUGCUGCUUGGAAAGCCACGUGAGCUCCUGGAAGGUGAGAGAGGAUUUUCAAGCAUUUGGGCACAGUGUAUAAUAGCCAUGUAAACAUUAAUAUUGUUUAAUUUGCUGUCUUGUCCCCGUUUCCCUAAAUUAUGUGUGUUUUAGUGCAAGAAGAAAAAAAGCUUUAGCUGCACUUGGAGAUUUCCCUCGGCCAGAGGAAGCUGAGUCACGUAGGGAGAGGAGUAGAGGUGGGAAUGCAGAUGUGGGCUUAGAAAUGAUCUCCAGCACUGUAAUGUAGUAUAAUUAGAUUAUAUGGGGUUGGAAUAGCUUCAUCUUUUAUAUUUGUAUGGAGAUCAGGAAAAAUGAAGUAAUUUGUAGUUUCUAGUGUAAAGUAGUAAUAGUGGAGACAAGCACAGAUUUCACAAGGGGGUCCCGAAGGGGCCCUUUCCAAAUGUCUCGGGGAGCCGCCUUUGCACCUUAACAGGGAUGGUUAUUGGGUUUUAUUAGUUGGUCACUGAUGAAGUGGUCAUUUAAUGGUCUGAUGAAAUGGUCCUUGUCGGUGGAGGGACUCAAGGGAAAGGAGGGGAGCACCAGGGACCAAACCUGGGACAGCUUGGCUGGGCAGGGGACAGCUUGUCCAUCCUCAUCUCACGGCCAAGCAUCUUCCUCCCCCCUUCCAGAGGCAGCUACAGCGAUUCCCGAGUGGGAUCUCUGGCUGUUGGUCUUGGAUCCUCAGUUCCACAUCUUCCUUUCUUGGUGAUUUGUGGGUAAAAUUUGUUGCGUAGAAAACCCCGUUUCUGGAUGUUCUUGUGUUUGUGGCACAGUAGGGGAAAAUAAAGACACUCCAGAUUAAAGUUCUUUCCAAGGUAGAGAAACACUAAACCACCCUAAAUUAAGAGUUUUGAGUUCUGAAAUUGUAAGCUGCCAAAAAGAAGGUUGGUUUGAAUGGUUUUAUUAGAAAACAAUCUCCUGUUUGGAAAAAUAUUAGAGAUCAUAGAGCAAAACUUCCCAAGUUGUAGGUGGGUGGAUUUGUUGAUUUAGGAUGCUCUAGGUUUUGCUUUGUUGUUUGGCAUGGGCCAUUUUUUGGAGUAAGUAUCAGGUGGUCUCAUCUUAGGACAGUUUACCUUGAGUUGACUGAAUCUGUCUCACACUUUAAAGGGAGGUUCAGAGGGUUUCAGCUGGGAUUUUUGGGAGCUGUGAAUAGUUCAUGUUUUGAGAGGGGAAUUGCAUGAUCUUUGAAAGUAAAAGGUUGUUUUGGGGGUUCUUUUAGAGCCGUCUUCAACCCCAAAUCACCAAGCAUGUUUCUGGUCACCUGGGCCCCGUUGUUUCAUUUCAGGGUGACAGCAGUUAUGUGGGUGAAUUGACUCCCAUCAUUUACCACUGUUCCUGGAAUGUUUUUUUUUUGGGGGGGUGGGAAUUUUUCUUGUGGAUGGAUAAAAUAAAAAUGUUUCUGUGCAUUUCAGCAGUUUCAACCUCUUCACCUCUGCAUGUGUGCCCACCUCCCAGGUCCCUGGGGCACAUCCCAGCGGUGGCAGUCGGUUCUGUUGGCAGGGAGAGCUCCAGCCUUCCCUUUGGCCCUGAACUCCUGGGUGCGUGUUUAGCUUCCAGUAGGAAGGAUCGACUGUUCCUGCAGUGCUUCAGAGCUGGUGAUUUUUUUUUUUCCUGUGUGUUCUGUACAAAAUGUGAAGGGAGGGCGGGUGGGGGAUGCUUUCAGGGGUCUCAUGGCAUGCGCUGGGGGACGGCCACGUUGCUUGCUGGCAGUGAGUGCACCAUCAGCUCUUCUGUGUACGCCCCGUUUCCCAGGACCAAUCGGUGUGGGUUCGUUGCUGUUUCUGACAACUGAGGAAGAUGGAAACACUUCCCUGGUCCUCACGAAUUGCAGGGUGUAAAACCCCUCAAACAAAGCCUGGUCUGUGCUGAAGGUAAACCUCGAGCUCAUGCAGGACCAAGGAAGGGUUUUGGUGCUGAAGGGGGUUGUUUUUUGGCCAGACUGGGUCCCAAAGGCAGGCACUGAGUUGAGUGGAUGAAGUGCAGUUUGAGGUGUUCUGAGCCCUAAGGUGAAGGCAGUCUAUCACUAACCACACGUGCUUUGCACUUAGAGGGUGGGUGUUUGCCUGGAUGUGCUCUCCAUCCUGCUGGUGGUUACUGUGGGAAUGUGGUGCUCACAUCAAUCCCAUCCAUGGAUGGAGCCGGCUUUUCAGCCGGGUGUUUCCCAGCAGGCAGAUUUCCCAGUUUGAGUCAGACCAACCAUUCCCAAGAGGGCAGGGCAGGAUGGGGGGCACCAACUGGAGAGGUGCAGGAAUGGGAGGUACAGGCUUGGUGCAGCUCGGGACUCACACAGAGACCUGCCUCAGAGGUUUUCCAAAAAUCCAGCUCCUUCAGACAGCAACACUGAACUUGAACUUGGCCGCUAGGACUGGAGCAGGCCCACCUGGCUGAGAGGGGAAACCCCAGCUUGCCAGCACUGGGGGUGGGAAACGCCGGGGAAGGAGAUUCUGAAGUUGCAAAGGACAGAAGUCUUGCAGCCCAGAGGCCCUUUCUGUGUAUAAAUUUGCUUGAAACUCUGGCUUUCCGGCUGUGGCAGGGACAGGGCUGAGUGAGUGGAAAUGGUGGGAGGGUAAUUUAUUUUCCCCCUCCUUCUGUUAUUUUGAAAUGCUGUUGAAAUCCCCUCAAAGCAUUUUUUUCCUGAGUCUCCAGAAAUUCAGCUGGAUUCUCCGUCGAAUCCACUGAGCUCCUUUUGCUGAUCCGUGGGGGAAAUUGGACAUCCCCACCCUCUGAAAGCACACGGCCCUUUGCUCUGUGGAAGUACCAAGUUUCCCCAGGUUCCAGAUGCAUUUGGGCCCAGCUCUCCUUUACUAUGUCAGUGUCAGGAGCACCUUUCACUUGUAGACACGUAGGUGGUGCACAGACUGAAGGGUUAUUUGGGAUAGGAGUGUCUUCUCAAACACCAGGGACUUGUUUUGUGCAAGCAUUGCCUUUGGACUUGGAUUGGAAUUGCCAGGAGCUUGACUGUGCAGCUCCUCAAACAGCCUUAAACCUCUCAGCUUCAGUGGGGUUUGAGCAUCCCAAAUGCUUUGCCCGUGGCUGAGGCAGAACAGCUCUGAGCUGGCAGAGUUAGGCUGUGUCCUGACCUCUCUGAAGGCAGAGUUUGGCCCCUGGUUCCAGCCAGGUCGUGGUUCGAGGUUCAGUCUAACGGGCACCUUUAUUUCGGGAAGCGGACGCGUGAACUGUUCUCUUUUCCUUUAUCCCUUGAAUAACCUGUGACCGCCUGCAAAGGCUGGAUUUUGCAUUCAGCCCCCCAAGUCUUUCACGUUUUUUCCGCUUUGUGAUGUUUGUCUUUCCAGUUGGGGUGGGGAGAAGGGAGCCCAGGUGAGUAGGGACCCCCAAGACCUCUGCUCGGGGUAGGGGCAGGAGGUUCCCUAGCACACGGCAGGCUUUAGAGCAAGUAUGGGGUUGUUGUUUUAUUUUCGUUUUCUGUUUCUGUAAAUAAUAAUGUACAAAUGAUGACGAGACAGUGUGAAAAUUCUAAAAAAAAAAAAGGAAAAAAAAAGUCUUUUGUUGUUGUUUUUAUAUUACCUCAUUCAGCAAGUUUGUUUUACAAUGACUCAAUGAUGCUUUAUUUAUAUUGUUUGUACUGUAAUUAAACCGAUUGACAAACAUUUCACUUUGCUUGUUGUUUCCUAUGAUUUGGGUUUGAUUAAGUAUGCCAGUUUGUAUUAUGUUCCCCUUUCUCUCUCUCUCUCUCCAACACAUUGAGAUUUUUUUGUGUCGGCUGUACAGUAUUCUGAAUAAUUAAAAAAAUAAAAUUUAAAAAAAAAUAACAAAAAAAAAGGAACAAAAAGUUGUAAAGUACUGCAGAGAGAGGCUGCUAUAUUGUAUAGGUCUCUUUCUAAUAAAGACAAGAAAACUUGUUGGUCGCA